UCCUGUUACUUUCGUGAAAUCAUUUAUAUCAGAUGGUUUGAUCAUCAACAAGGCUUUGUGUUCUCAACCUGUGCUUUGUACUAUAAUACCAUUGCAACGAUAAGAUUGCAGGCAUGGCUUCACUGCGUCGAGUCAUUCCAUCUUUGGUCUCCAAGUCGGUCAAGCAUUGCGUUCUAAGUGAAUCAGUGGUGGCAAGAAUGAUCCAUAGUUUCAGUGGAUCAAAGGAUUAUAUUGCUGUCAAUGCCAUUUGCGAUUCUCUAAGAAGAGGCUGCAACUGGGACGCUCUUAGUACGGAAUUCGGCUCUGUAGAAUUAACAGAUUUUCUUGUGGAUAAAGUAUUGCUCCAAUUGAAGGAACCAAAUGAAGCAAAACGGGCUCUGGGUUUCUUCCACUGGUCCGCAAAGACGAAGAAUUUUGAGCAUGAGAUUCGGUCCUACUGUAUCACCAUUCAUAUACUAGUUCGUGCUCGGCUUCUCAUGGAUGCUCAAGCUUUGCUUGAGUCUGUUCUGAAGAAAAGUAUGGAGAAUGUUUCUAGAUUUUCUGUUGUGGAAUCACUAAUUGAUAGUUAUGAGAUUGCCAGUUCAAGUCCCUUGGUGUUUGAUCUGCUGGUGCAGGGUUAUGCUAAAUUGAGAAUGGUUGAGAUGGCUUUCGAUGUCUGCUGCUAUCUAAAUGAACAUGGGUUCUCUCUACGUCUUAAAAGUUUCAAUACUUUGAUUCAUGUGGUUCAAACAUCUGAUCAACAUUGUUUGGCAUGGAAGAUUUAUGAGCAUAUGGUUUUGACAAGGAGUUACCCAAACGAAGUAACCAUCAGAAUCAUGGUCAGUUGUCUGUGCAAGGAAGGGAAACUGCAGAAGUUUGUGGAUAUGUUGGAUAGGAUUCAUGGGAAGAGAUGCUCUCCCUCCGUGAUUGUUAAUACUAGUUUAAUUUUCAGGAUCUUAGAGGAUGCAAGAAUUGAAGAAGGCAUGGUUCUGUUGAAGAGAAUGUUGCAAAAGAAUAUGAUUCUCGAUACCAUUGCUUACUCACUGAUUGUUAUGGCGAAAGUUAGAGUUGGAGAUUUGCACUCAGCAUGGGAAGUGUUUGAAGAAAUGCUUAAGAGAGGAUUUAGUGCAAACUCUUUUGUGUACACUACAUUUGUUGGAGCCUAUUGUAAGGUGGGGAAUGUUGACGAAGCUAAUCGCUUAUUCCAAGAAAUGGAAAACAUGAGUUUGAAUCCAUAUGAUGAGACUUUAGAUCUUCUGAUCAAGGGAUGUGCUAAAGCUGGUCGAGUUGAAGAAAGUAGAAUCUAUUGCGAGAAAUUGAUGGAGAGGGGACUUGUUCCAAGUAUCUCCACUUUUAACGAGAUGGUGAAGGCGAUUUCAGAAAAUGGGGAUAUUAAACAGGCCAAUGCCUUGCUAACACCUUUGUUGGAUAAAGGGUUCUUACCAGAUGAGAACACAUACUCAAAUCUUAUUAAUGGAUAUGGGAAACAAGGGGACAUUCAGGAAGUUCUGAAGAUUUACUAUGAAAUGGAGUAUAGGUCUAUCUCCCCUAGCUUCUUGGUUUUCACAUCCAUAAUUAGAUGCCUCUGCCAAUUUGGAAAACUAGAGGAAGCGGAAUUUUUUUUAAGAAGAAUGAAAGAUAGUAAUGUAGCCCCAAGCGAGAAAAUUUAUGAGGCAUUGAUCACUGGCUACAUUGAGAAGGGAAACAAGACUAGGGCUCAUCAGCUUUACAACGAAAUGCUUUUGAAAGGAUUGAAGCUAGGGUCUCAUGUGGUUAAUGUGCUAAAGUAGAGAUCUGAAAUAGCAAGUCUUUGUUGUAGAAGUGAAGGGAACAGUACACGGUUGCCAUCUCAAUGAGAAAGGCUUCUAUAAUUUUAAAAAAAAAAAAAAAGAAGCUAAUCCGCAUGUGGAAGAGUGGAUUAUUGGAGCUCUGGAGACUUUUAAUGGUCAUGGAUUUAGCCUUAAAGGACAGUUACUGGAACCAGCGAGCACCAAGAUUCUGCCACUAAGGGGUUUGGGAGGAUCAGCAGUAUGCCUUGUGAUUUAAACCUGUGUGGAGAGGCUGUUUCCUUUUUCUGAACCCAUGAUGCUAGAUUGCUAUGGUUCAAUCCUACUGCAGUGAAGAAACAGUUUGCAUAUAUGAUACGGUGGAACCAUUACAAAUCAGAUGUAGAGCCUCGGUGUUUCUGGUGAUUGGUACAGAGAAUUGAAAACCCAUGGCAGAUGUAAAUGGUACAGGGAAUGCCGGAAUGACGAUGCAGAUACAAUGUAGCAUAUACACUAGCGAGAUGCUGCACCAAACUCCCCAUAUACGGUACACUGCCAUAUAUGAUCAAAAAAUCAUAAGCCUCGCUCUGAAGCUUAUUUGUGCGAGAUGCUUUGUGAACUGCAUUGUGAGACAGUGCUACCCGCAUUGACCAAUUUAGAUGGACCUUUUGGUUCUAAAAUGCAGUGAGAUUGUGCACGAGAUGAGAGAAUGCCAAUAUCGAUUUUUUUAAAAAUGGUCACUCCGUUAUGACUCAGCAGCAUUUGGGUCUACGGAUCAAAUAUUUGUCAUGUUUCAAUCCCUUUUAUGAUUCCCAGAUGUAUGGUUCAGGAGAUUUAGAUAAGUUUCUACUUCAAGGGUUAUCAGAGGAGUUUCCUUCA